CUCGUUGCUCGACACGCCAGUCAUUUCAGUUUCGCAUCCAAGGCUUCCGCCAACAGCCUAUCCGCCCGCCUCUCUUUACGUAUAACGCGAUCCGCCAAUACAAUGGCGCAGCCUGUGCGGCCCCGGCGAUUCGCCCCACUGGAUCCGGCAAAGAGGAAGGCUGUAGAGGACAGGCCGCCACUGAGGGGCAUCGUCUUCGACGUGGACGGGACAUUAUGCUUGCCACAGAAUUACAUGUUUGCAGAAAUGCGGGUAGCUCUUGGCAUUGAGAAGCCAACAGACAUUCUCGACCACGUGUACUCGCUGCCCGAGGCCGAGCAGGAAGAGGCGCAGGAAAAGAUCCGCAACAUCGAACGCACUGCCAUGAAGUCGCAGCAGCCGCAGGCAGGGCUCGUCGAGCUCAUGGACUAUGUCGACUCGCGCGGGGUGAAAAAGGGCAUCUGCACGCGCAACUUCGACGCCCCCGUCACCCAUCUGCUUACUACUUUCCUGCCAAAGUCGGUCUUCAGCCCCAUUGUGACGCGCGAGUUUAGGCCGCCCAAGCCUGACCCGGCCGGCAUCCUGCAUAUUGCCAAAGACUGGGGACUGCAAAAUGGUGGGGAAAGCCUCAUCAUGGUGGGCGAUUCCAUCGACGACAUGACGGCGGGACAUCGCGCGGGGGCUGCAACGGUUCUCCUGCUCAACGAUGUAAACAGCCAUCUCGCGGAGCACGAGCAUACGGAUUUCGUUGUGACGCAACUCGAUGAGCUGAUUGAUGUGCUGGAAAACGGAUUCGAAGGACGACAAUAAGGGCUGCAUAGACAUAGAGGGUCUCUAUCGGAAGCUAUGUACACGUAUCCAAGACUAUCCACCCAAGAA